UUUCCCGCGGCGCCGGCACUCAGGUAGCUGCCUGCGCCCCGCUGAUUCUCCGCCCAUCCCCGGACCCCUUCGCAGGCUUUUCUUGGCGUGACCCGCUCCGGAUUGUCCUGACUCCAGCCCCUCUCCCAGCCCGGAACCCUCAGGCCAGGGAGGGUGGCUCCCUUUCCAGAGCUUAGGGCCCCGCGGCGUCUGAACAUCAGGCUGGAAGGGGGAGGACCCCCGGUGAAUGACGGAGGGUCCCCGCACCGGCUUUGGUCAGUCACUAGACCCUGGACUUUGACCUGUCUCUCUCCACCAGGCCCGGGCAGCUGAUGGUUUUGACGAAGUAUCUUAAGCCUGUCAGCAUUCUCCAUCACUGGCCUAUGGACUGUGUAUGCCAUGGCUGUGAUGAACCACCACGUGUGCCCCGUGGAGAACUGGUAUGGCGCACUCUGCAGACAGCCUCACUCUAAAGCUCCCUUCAUCUCUGUUCCCUCUUGGGCCGGGGCUGCCUCAAGCCAGAUGGAGACACUGGGCCUCACUGCUCUUCUCUGACAUUGGCAGCGCCUGCCCCCUCCCCAGGUCUUACAACGAAUCCUGCUCUCCUGACCCCAUGGAGCAAGGGGGCCCCAAGAUCUGCUGCACCCUGGAUGACAUCCCCCUCAUCAGCAAGUGUGGCUUGUACCCCCCUGAGAGCUGCCUCUUCAGCCUCAUUGGCAACCUGGGUGCUUUCAUGGUGGCCCUGAUCUGCUUCCUGCGCUAUGGGCAGCUCCUGGAGCAGAGCCGUCAUUCCUGGGUCAACACCACGACGCUCAUCACAGGCUGCACCAAUGCUGCGGGUCUGGUGGUGGUGGGCAACUUCCAGGUGGACCACGCUAAGUCUCUGCACUAUGUCGGAACUGGUGUGGCCUUCACUGCUGGCCUUCUUUUCGUUUGCCUGCACUGUGCCCUCUCCUACCACGGGGCCAAGGCCCCUCAGGACCUGGCCGUGGCCUACCUGCGGAUUGUGCUGGCAACCAUCGCCUUUGUCACUCUGAUCCUCACUGGGGUCUUCUUCAUCCAUGAGAGCUCUCAGCUGCAGCAUGGGGCAGCCCUGUGUGAGUGGGUGUUCGUCAUUGACAUCCUCGUCUUCUACGGGACCUUCAGCUACGAGUUUGGGGCGGUCUCCUCAGACACACUGGUGGCCGCGCUGCAGCCCACCCCCAGCCGGGCCUGCAAGUCCUCUGGGAGCAGCAGCACCUCCACCCACCUCAACUGUAGCCCUGAGAGCGUCGCCAUGAUCUGAGGUCUGGGGAGGGUGGCUGGCCCUGCCUCCGCAGCUUCCCGCGUCUCCUCUGCAUUUCUUUUGUACCAAAAAAACCCAAUUUUGCGAAAAGUAUUCUGUUGGGACAUAGGCUGCCUCACUCCUGGAGGAGGGGCCAUCCCACACCUGUGCCAUAGAGGAGUGGGCCUCUUGGCAGGCUGCCCAAGCCACACACAGCCCGCUCCCCACACCGCAGUGUUGUCUUUAUGUUUUAAAGGUCACAUGUCAUUCACCCAGCCAGCCCUUCAGGUGCCUUCUACUCCCUCCCUCAGUGCCAAGGCUGGACCACUGGGAUUUCCUGCUGCAGGAAUUGGGGGCUGGGAACAGCAAGAGGGCUACCAGUCUCAGGGGUGGGGGUGAGCACUCCUUAGUCUAUGGGAAGGCCCCCUAUGGGCCCACUGAGCUGCACUGGGAUUUCUUCACUCUGCCCCUUUCUUUAGGGCAAAUAACACAGCAGAACCACGUGGGUAUUUUAGUAUUUUUUUUUAUAUAUAUAUCUAUUAAAAGAAUUCUAAUUUGCA